AAGAAGAAGAAGAAGAGGAAGUUACGCCUCCGUCUUGCAGGACGCAGACAGACCCUACUCUACGAUCGUGUACUACACGUAGUUCUUUCCUUGAGAGACACCAUGGCUCGCAAACGAGCGAAGCAUAGCAGUUGCUUAGUGUUUGGAUGUACAAAUGAACACAAAAGUCUAUAUUUUGUUCCUUCCUCCGAGCCGCUGAAGAACCAGUGGGUUAAUUUUAUUGUCUCUGGAAAUGUGCCAGUCUGCGCCAAACAUUUCACUGACGACUGCUUCCUCAACUUGGGCCAAUACAGAGCUGGACUUGAUCAACGUCUGAGAAUCAAGUCUGGAUCAGUACCAACUCUCCAUGGCUCAGCUACAAACCUCGAAAAAGCCAGCUCAUCAAGUGCUUACAUUCAGCAGCUUCUCUCAAGGGAUGUUGCCUGCCAGACAGACCACCUGGAAACACGUACUGUAAGCACACAGCUAUCCUUAAAGACUUUGCAGCCCCAUUUUAAAAGUGAAGAAGACUGCGAUGCCUUUGGAGACCGUAGCACUCAACGCGGCGCCACCUCAGAGAUUCUGGGUGUGGACGCCCCUGGCUCCUCCCACAUGUCCAGCCACAGCGAGGAGCUGAAGAUUCUGAGCGUCUACGGAAAAGGGGAGGGCCCACUGGCGGAGGACGGCCAUGACAACCUCUUCACCGCGUCAGAAGUGGAGGCCCUGAACUCGCUGCCUGCGGACCACAGCGCGGCCAAGAGCCUGGAGCGCGGCGAGCGGCUGGUCUGCCACGAGGAGCUGCGUGUGCAGCAGCAGACUCCAGACACCAUUUCAAUCAAGGUUGAAGAGGAUAUUGGUGGAGGCUUGCCCGCCGUGGAAGACUGCGAUGCCUUCGGAGACCGUAGCACUCAGUGUGGUGCCACCUCAGAGAUUCUGGGUGUGGACGCCCCUGGCUCCUCCCACAUGUCCAGUCACAGCAAGGAACUGCUGCAGCAGACCCCAGACACCAUUUCAAUCAAGGUUGAAGAGGAUAUUGGUGGAGGCUUCCCCGCCCUAGAAGACGUCAAUGACAUCACAGACUGCAGCACGCAGCGUGGCGCCACCUCGGAGAGUCUGCGUGUGGACGCCCCUGGCUCCUCCCACAUGUCAAGUCACAGCGGGGAGUUGCGCAUCCUGAGCGUUUACGGACAAUGGGAGGGCCCACUGGCGGUGAACGUCCAUAACACCCUUUUUGCCGCGUCAGAACCGGAGGCCUUGAGCUCGCUGUCCGCUGACCACAGCGUGGCCAAGAGCCUGAACUGCAGCGUGCGGCUCGUCCGCCUUGAGGAGCUGACUGGGCAUCAGGGCGGCCGCAAGGGCCGGCCCGGUGUCUUUUGUGGAAAGGUUAUUCCCAACAAGGCCAAUAUGAUCGUCCACAUGAGGACCCACAACGACGAGAAGCCCUACAAAUGUGACCAAUGCACAAAGCGCUUCAGUGAUAGCUAUGCCCUGAAGAUCCACAUGAGAACUCACUCUGGGGAGAAGCCCUACAGGUGUGACCAAUGCAUGAAGUGCUUCAGUCUGAAAGACACCCUGAAUAAACACAUGAGAACUCACUCUGGGGAGAAGCCCUACAGGUGUGACCAAUGCAUGAAGUGCUUCAGUCUGAAAGACACCCUGAAUAAACACAUGAGGAGUCACUCCGGGGAGAAGCCCUACAAGUGUGAGCAAUGCAGUAAGCGCUGCAGUCGGAGAGAUGCCCUAAAUAUCCACAUGAGGACUCACUCCAGCGAGAAGCCCUACAAGUGUGACCAAUGCAUGAAGUGCUUCAGUCUGAAAGACACCCUAAAUAUCCACAUGAGGACUCACUCCGUCGAGAAGCCCUACAAGUGUGACCAAUGCCCGAUGCGCUUCAGUCAGAAUAACAUCCUGAAGAACCACCUGAGGACUCACACCGGCGAGAAGCCCUACAGGUGUGACCAAUGCCCGAAGUGCUUCAGUCUGAAAGGCAGCCUGAAGAUCCACCUGAGGACUCACUCUGGGGUGAAGCCCUACAAGUGUGACCAAUGCACGAAGUGCUUCAGUCUGAAAGGCAGCCUGAAGAUCCACCUGAGGACUCACUCUGUGGUGAAGCCCUACAAGUGUGACCAAUGCACGAUGCGCUUCAGUCAGAAAGGCACCCUGAAGAUCCACAUGAGGACUCACUCUGGGGAGAAGCCCUACAGGUGUGACCAAUGCCCGAAGUGCUUCAGUCUGAAAUGCCACCUGAAGAUCCACAGGAGGACUCACUCCGGGGAGAAGCCCUACAAGUGUGACCAAUGCCCGAAGUGUUUCAGUCUGAAAGACGACCUGAAGCGCCACAUGAGGACUCACUCGGGGGAGAAGCCUUACAAGUGUGACCAAUGCACGAAGCGCUUCAGUCGGACAGGCACCCUGAAAAUCCACCUGAGGACUCACUCUGGGGAGAAGCCCUACCAGUGUGACCAAUGCACAAAGUGCUUCAGUCUGAAAGGCACCCUGAAGAUCCACAUGAGGACUCACUCCGGUUAAAAGCCCUGCCUGCAUUGCAACGGCAGCUACAGCGACCCAAGCAAUUUGAGUGUGCACAUGCUCAAGCACACGGGCAAUGGGGUGCUUUCACACAGGGUAACGGGGCGAGAUUGAGACCUCUGUCCGGUAUUUGUCGAAAUUACUGCUUUUAGUUUUUCUUUUCAUCAUGAUUAAACACUUUCCAGCAUUUGAUUCGCUUUGUUUUAAUUUUAGUAAUUUAUGUCUGUGUGAUUAAGAACUUAUUUCUCUGACUCUUCUAACAGCAAAAUAUUAGGAAACGUUCACAUCGUUGGUAAAUACAAAGGAAACUUGUGAGGGGAGUAUACCACGAACCUCGCUGAACAUACCCAUGCUUUCUUGGGAAAACCUGGUUCGACAGAGACGCAACUCGCAGUCAGAGUUAAAUGGUUCCAUGACACUCACUUUAGAUUAAAUAAGUCGAACCAGGUUUUCCGCUUUAGGUUCAAUGCUCGUUCACAUAAAAGGUGUGUUUAUCACGUCAUUCGACUCCCCCUUGUGCAAAGUGAAUCGAGCGUGCGUGGUGUAUUAUUAUGAAUUCCUACGAGGAAUUCAAAGUCCAAAUCACAACCAAGGGGAACACGGAUGCCCAUAAUAUGGCUAGGGUGGCGUGCUGGCAAAAAAUAGCCGUCCGUGUUAAUUCGUAAGUGAAAAGAUUCUGCAUAUUGUCUAAAAAAUAUCAUGUAUCAUCAUGCCUUUUACCCCCAUAGAUGUGGUGCCAGCACGCUCCUACGAACAUGGGGCCAAGUCAAAAAUAAAUAUUAAAAUUAUAUUCAACGUGGUAAGUUGUAAGCAUCCAUUUGAAUAAUUUCAGGUGAAUCUAGCCUAGGAUUUGCAAUGGCCUAGGCUCCAACCUUUAGUCACAUGUUGAUUACCUGCAGCAAAUAAAAUAAAACCAAAUUUAAUACGACUGGGAGGGGGACCGCUCCACCGCCCUUCACCACUUCGGAGGAGCUGGCUCUCGCCAAUAACGAAGGUCGGCCGAUGAUGGUAGGAGUGGAAGGGGGGGGAUGUCCUCUGACCCCACUGCCUCGACAUCAAAGGCCUUUGUAAUGAGUAUGUAUUCAUGUAUUGGCAAUGGACAUCAAUAAUUGUCUUGCUAAUCAAAUGUGAAAUGAUUGAGUGUAAAUUAAUUGUCAUUUUUAGUUGAAGGUACAAACAUUAGUUUGGAGGAGCUGCCGACAAUCGAUCUCCAAUCAGAGGUAUAUAACUAUCAAAGCAAAGUGUCACGUACUCUUCUCAAUGUUUAAUUUCUGGACAGAAUGUCCUAUAAUAGGUUUCCCUGAUUCUUGCAGGAGACUGUCGGCCUGUGACUCCAGGGCGACUAUGGAGGUGAUUUUUCUGAACAAUUCUCACAGCUAUAGUAUGAAUAAAAAAUGCCUAGGCCUAAUUGUGUCACUGACAUAGCGGUUAUGUGUAUGUGGCUGAUGGUGGAUGCUGCUGAAGGUGAAUGCUGCUGAUGGUGGAUGCUGAUGAUGGUGGAUGCUGAUGGCUGCUGCUGCAGGUCGCUGCUGCUUGAGGCGAUGGCUGCUUGAGCUGGCUGGUGCCGGAUAACACUGCUGCUGCAGGUCGCUGCUGCUUGAGGCGAUGGCUGCUUGAGCUGGCUGGUGGUGGCGAAGGAUGGUGGUGUCGCCUUCUGCUGCUAGUGGUGGCGGCUUGUGCUGGCGACGGCUGUUGGUGGUGGUGGCGGCAACUGCUGCGAUUGUUGUCCUUCCUUUCGACCUGAUGCACUUUACUAUCCUUAACCUCAGCCUGAUGUUUGUGGAGUAUUUUCUUUGUUUAUUAAUAACUUAUAAUGUUCCUUCACUUUGUUCUUGUUUUACAAGUUAGAUAUACACGCACACCUGUUUACACACUUGUUGUUCUUGUUGCACACAUGACUAACAUUGUUUUAUUUAUUGAUACCCCCUGGCUCUACUUUGCUGUUCUUGUUCACUUACUGCAUGUUUGCUUUGUUGUUCUUAGUCCUUGUUCCCACUUGUUUUUGGUUCCACAAACCUCAGCCUGAUAUAUCUGGCAUCUCAAACACUGGGUCCAGCUUUCCCUGGCGCCUACUCCUUUGCAGUGUGCAGAUGUUAGGCAGUGGAAUCUGCAUUUGCUUUAGGGUUUUAUAACCAGUAG